GCUGUCAACCCUGUUGGUUUGACGAGAUAGACGUAAUCUGACCAGGAGAAACGCUAUGAAAGAGUGCGGGUCUCGGUGCUGAACCAUACUGAGCUACUGAGAACUGUACGCAUGGAAAAAGGUCAAACUUGGACCAACUGAGACAAGCUGAAGCUGGAAGUGGAGACUUGGUGGAGGGUGGACCACAGAGGCAUAAAGCGGUCUUCACAGGUUUCGCCCUGAGGGUUGAGUAGCUAUUUGAGCAAGUAUGAAUCCAAUGUGGAAGGUAUAUAAGAGCAAAGUGCUGAAGACCAUUAACCCUGAGUAUGAGGAGGACACUGCUGAAGAGGUCACAGAGGUGGAGAAUGAUGUGAUGAGUCCAGUGCAGGAGGAUGAGGGACCCAACACUGUAUCCCAGUUGGCCAAGAAAAUGCAGGGGGCCGGGACUAAAAGCUGGAACAGGCUAUCAGCUCUCUUCAACAAAGACGAUGAACACCAGCUUCUAGAGGAAACCGAGAGUGCGCCAGUUGCCGACCAUCCACUUGCAGUGAAACCGGAGGAGCCGCCUCCUCGACCAAGUAAGCGUUCAGCAUUCUGGGAUAACUUUGCGGCCAACUGGGCUGCCAAGAAGCAGGCGGAAGCUGCAGCAAACGAGGUGGCAGCAGAGCAGGGUGAGGCGGGGGUGACAGAGGCCGGAGGGGAGGAGAGCCAGGAUGGGCAGAUCACUCAGGGAGAGGAGAGUGAAGGAGGAGGAGGACGGAGCAGCAACAACAGCUUUUCCAAAUACGUCUCGAUGGGAGGAGGGAGCGAGGACACAUCCUUCAAGUGGAACUUUGUCACCAGCAAGCUGGCAGAGCUGAAGACCAAGAGUAACUAGCUUUUCAUGAUGGAAGGAAUCUGGAGAAUAUAAACAAUAUGAUGAAGGGGCUAGACUGUAGGAGUGUGGAGGAAGUUUAGGAGGAGGGCCUAUUUUACACAGGAUGUCCUGUAACUAAACUGCAACAGCUAUUAUAGAAGUCCCUUUUUUUUUAUCACAUUCUGAACUAUUGAACUCUCCCAUAAAUGUCACAUCACAAUGAACGUAUAAAGGUACAAUAAACCAGUGUUUUCCCCCUUUACUUUCCCAUGAUCCUAUAGACCCAAAUAUAAAUGUCCCUGUCUGUGCAUCUAGAGACACAAAGUUAGGGCCUGGACCAAAGAUUGACAUACUCUUGAAUAUAUUACCGCUAGUGUACUAUUACAGAUUACAAAUACAAAUUCUUUAUUAUUACUUGGAGAUGAGGUUGGUGUACUAUGCAUAUCUGCCUACAGAGCUAAUAGCUAACAAGAGCUCUAGAUGUUAGACGUGAAUACAACAGAUGUAUUACUCAAUCCAGUUUGGAACCUGAUAUGUAGGCUACACAAUUCAGUCUACCAUCUAGGGGUUAUAUGAUGAUAUCUAGUUUCCCAAUGUGCUUUUUAAACCACAAAAAGGGGCCUUCACACCUGUCAGCAAACUUGAUUCAAUCUGUAGUUUAGCAAAAACUGGAUUAAGAGAUUAAAGGCAGUGAUAGCUGGAUUAGUUGAGGAUUAUCUCACUUAACCUGUUCAGAGGGCAGGGGAUUUCAGUCAGGAGAUUUGGCAGUGCGACAUAACUAUUACAAAUGUUUAUAAACCGCUUCCUCUGUUGUGCACAAUGAUAUAAAAUGUGUAAAAUAUGAAUGUGUGUGUGGUGAGAUAACGUCAGGUGCGCUGACAUGAUGACUUAACUGAGACUUACAUGUGCAAAGUGUGAGCUUUUGAACAUUCCUAAUUUUGUGAAUCAACGAAACGAGGCUUUGAAUAUCAUUUUAUCUCAGACUUUGGUUUUGAUCUUGUCGU